AUGUCUCUUGCUCGCGCGUUUACAACCAGGAAGGCAAGGAAGCAGCUCGAUGUCGCCGCUCCUUCACCAACUUCGCAACGAGCCUUAACCCCAAAGUUUCCUUAUGGUACUAUCAACCGCGCCCAGAUUUCAGGCCCGACUGAGCUUCUUUCUACCACCAAUAUGUUGUCCUACAAUGCUCCGGAUCUCUUUCCAAAAGAUGCCAGUAAACGAAUUGCAUCUAGCAGCACUGCAUCAACCCAUUCCGGAGAAGAGUCAGAUACCUCGCGGAUGACGAACUCGACUAACUUGACUUCGGCCGACACAUUGUCAAUCGAAUCUCGGUCACCAAUAACUCCAGCAACGGACCCUCUUUCAGCAUUCAACUUUGGCAAGAAAUCCAUUGAGAUCGCAUCUGUCGGUGAAGCACCUGGCAUACCACAGAGAGCUCCUUCGCACACUAAGAAGAACCACGAAAUCAUAUCGCGCAAAAACUCAGUCGUAAGAAUGGCAUCACCAAAGAGCGCUUCGACUGUUAGAUCGACAGUGCAUAUGUUCUCGGCAAAUAUCGAGGAAGCAGCAGCUGCUGAACCACAUCCUUUUGGCAAUGAACUCGCUCAAGUCACUGAGAUUGCUGAGGAAUACGGCAUCACCCAGGAAACCUUAGCGGUUGUCGACGAGGAAGAACAAGAGUUGAUAUCGAGAGGAUUAUUCAAAUUUAGAGCCGAAGACUACAUGAGCGAAAUACAAGGAUUAUUCAUGAGUGCUUUCGGUGAAGUCAAACCUACUAUAGGACCGCUUGACGCUACCCUUCAAAACUUCGAUGUACAUACUUUAUUACCAUUCGUCACUUGA